AUGGACGGCCUCAGUCGUGUCGCCGACCUGACCGGGAGCGCACGCUACCGCCACCAGCUGGAGGAGAGCGUGAAGUGCCCGGUAGAGGAGAGGCAGGACUCCCACGCGGAGGAAAGCUGCGGUGAUCGGUCUGGACUGCGCUCAAGGGCGGCGCCGGAGACGUUGGUGAUGGCGCUCCGCCCCCACACCGUCGCCGCCGCGCUGCUCCUGCUCGUCUGCCCCCUUCGUCGCAUCGUGGCGCAGGCGGACGUCAACCUCACAUUGAACGAGGACGCGACCGUGGCGCCGAUUCCCCUCAACACGCUCCUCAUCGCCAUCCAGCAGAGCCCGCGGCUGCAGGACGCAGAGGACGCGUUAAGCGUGCGUGCUAUACAGCCGCCGCGCGGCCUGCGCGAUCCCAUCGAGCUGGCCAGUGCCUUCGAGGGCGACAUCGUCAUCCACCCGAGCGACUUCACUGCGCUCAACGAAGACAACGCCGCCGUUCAGCCGCGCAAGCUGUGGAAGGGCGGUGUCAUCAACUACGCGCUGUCACCGUCCUUCAGCAGCCGCGAGCGUGCCGUCAUCGCCAGCGCCUUCACCGAGAUCGAGCGGCAGACGUGUCUGCGCAUGCGCCCCAUCAGGCCGGGCGCCACCGGCGGCGACUACGUGUUUGUCGUGAAGAAGACAGGCUGCUUCAGCUCGGUGGGCCGCAGCGGCGGCAUGCAGGAGCUGUCGCUCGGCGACGGCUGUGUUUUCAAGGGCAUCGCCAUGCACGAGUUCAUGCAUGCGGCCGGCUUCUGGCACGAGCAGAGUCGGCCGGACCGUGACGACCACGUGACUAUCCACUACGACAACAUCCAAGCGAUGAUGGAGUUUAACUUCCAGAAGUACACGUGGGGCGAGGUGCAGAGCCUGGGCGAGCCGUACGACAUCGGCUCUGUCAUGCACUACGGGCCGUACGCGUUCGCUCGCGACCGCUCACGCCCGACCAUCAGCGAUCGGCGCAACACGGGCGUCACCAUGGGUCAGCGGCAGGGCUUCAGCUCUGUCGACGUGCGCAAGCUGCGCAAGCUGUACAAAUGCGACGGCACCACGCCGCCGCCGCCGCCGCCGCCCAAGCCGACCGGCGACUGCACCGACAAGAGUCCGUACUGCACGUGGUGGGCACGCCGCGGCGAGUGCAAAAAGAACAUGCCCUACAUGCACCGCGACUGCCGCAAGGCGUGCAAAGUCUGCACCACCGAUGAGGACUGUGUCGACCUCAACAGCAAGUGCCGCGGUUGGUCCGAACGGAAGGAGUGCCGCAAAAACCCUCUCUACAUGCUUGAAUACUGCAAAAAGUCUUGCAAUGUCUGCAAAUCGACGACUGUCUGCAAAGACGACAACACUUCAUGCAAAUUCUGGGCCAAUAGCGGCGAAUGUCGUAAAAACCCCGACUACAUGCUUUUGUCCUGCAAGAAGUCUUGUGGCCGGUGUUGAGUGUAGAAGCUGACGAAGUGGGCAUUAUUUUACCAUUCGGCGCCGUGCUAAGAUGUGGUGCUGCUAGAUCAGCCUAACUUUGGCUGAAUCAACAAUCGAUGGGCAUUCAUGGAUUUGCUGUGUGUGUUAAUCUCGCUUUUGUAUGCUCCUAACGAUUUGGAUGUAUUGUUAUGACAUCUCGGUUGUGUCGCGGUACAGUACGGCUAACUGUGACUCACCUUGGGUGAAAGCAUAGAUGCCCGAUUUAGCAUCUCGUCAGGGUUUUACAGAUGCCUUUUGUGGGCGAGUCAAUGAUCCUGUUGCGGAAUAAUUCGGCAAGAACUGUGGCAUUUUGGGGAGACAGAGCUUCUACGCAGAUUGCACUUCAUGUUCAUAUUUUACUUAUGCCAAAAAGAUGUGCGUGCAUUCAGUGUAUUGCCUAGCCAAAUUUACAUGCGCCUUAUGCUUUACUGUGCGAAAAGUAUGCAUGCAAACGGAAUCCUGCAAAUGCGAAUUUUCCUCGGAAUUAAUAGUUUUUUUCAGCCACAAGUAAACACAACAGUACUAUGGGAUAAAGGUGAGUGGUUGGUCAUGGAUCAUCACUGCAAACAGCUGAGAGUCAUCCCUUCGAAGUGUGUGCGCGCUCGCUGGCGCGUCUCCCACCAGCCAGCAUUCAAGCCCAUUCGUGCCUGGGCUAGUGCACAUAGGCCGAUGGCCCCUGGAUAGACCGAUGCUGGGCGAUGCAGGGUGUAGCGUGGAUGAGGACAGAAGUGUGGAUGAAGGUGGAAAUGAAUCCUGUGGCGAGCGAGGCCACGCGCCUACCGAGUCUCCAAGCCCAUGAGCGUUGUAUAUUUUCCUUUGUCCUUCGAGAGUGGUUUAAAGCACCCUUUCUCCCAAAAAUGAGCGGGCUGCGGUACCUGGGAAAACAGCGUUGACAGGCCCUCGUCAAAUUGUCAGAUGUGCGCAACUAAACGGUGGCGUAUGUAACCUUUAGCAGGACACUUAUGUAGCCUGCAGCGUCGGAUAACACCGAUAACGGCCUCACCCGUGCCACGUCACAAAGAGCGUCUAACCGAAAUCUGAAAAAAUUGUAUGAACCUCUUGCGGUCGUCUUUUAGAGGCUUCGUAUGGCACGCGUGUCGUUUUCGGUGUGUCGAUUCAAAAUAAACGU